AUGCGACACCGAAUCGCGACGUUGAUAUCUGCUAGGGGCCCAUCAGCAGCAUGGAAAAGGGCCUAUACCUCAACGUCCCGGAUACCCCUCGCAUACGACCUCCACGAACCUUCGAACCCGUCCUCCGAUGCUGCGGGGGCGAUAGUCUUCAUGCACGGUUUGUUCGGCUCCAAAAAGAAUAACAGGAGCAUCAGUAAGGCUCUUGCAAGGGAUUUAGGACGGCCCGUAUACACUGUUGAUCUUCGAAAUCAUGGCGACUCUCCACAUCACCCAAAACACGAUUAUUUGGCUAUGGCAGACGACGUAGCAGGCUUCAUGGAUGAGCAUAAACUCAAGAACACAACUUUAAUUGGUCAUUCAAUGGGAGCAAAGACAGCAAUGACUCUCGCCCUCAAGUCCCCAGAUAUCGUAGCCGAUAUUGUCUCCGUUGAUAAUGCGCCAAUCGAUGCUGCGUUGCUGAGUGGCUUUGGCAAAUAUAUCCAGGGCAUGAAAAGGAUCGAAGCGGCUGGGGUUACUAAACAGGCCGAGGCGGAUGCUAUAUUGAAGGAUUAUGAGGAAUCUCUCCCAGUCCGACAAUUCCUGCUAGGGAAUCUCUACAGGCCCAAAGACUCGCAGACCCAAAAAUUCCGCGUCCCGUUAAAAAUCCUGGGCUCUGCCCUGGAUAACCUAGGAGACUUCCCAUUCAAAGAUCCCGGAGCGGUGCGGUUUGAGAAACCUGCUUUAUUCGUGCGUGGGACACAGAGUAAAUAUGUCCCCGAUGAGGCAUUGCCUAUUAUUGGGCAGUUCUUCCCCAGGUUUGAGCUUGCGGAUAUAGAUGCUGGGCAUUGGGUUAUUGCUGAGCAGCCGGAGGCGUUUAGAAGAGCCGUUGUGGAAUUUCUAAGUCCUAAGGUGUAG